AUACCGGUACCCCGAUUAAUCGUCAGACGCGCGCCCAAGUGUCACUUCCUGUUGCUCUCACGGUAAAGCAGGUAAAGAAGGUAAAGCUGGUAACUUUCUCCUCAAUGGCGGCUGAAGAAGAGAAGCAAAUGAGGACUAUAAACGAGCUCUCGGAUCAAGCGAUCCGACAGUACGAGAGCCUUCGGAAAGAGCAUGAGAAAACCAAGAUGGAGAGUAAGCAGCUGAAGCAGGAGCGAGAUGAGGCCCUACGGAAGCUGGAGGAGUUUGAAAGAGUGUCUCACAGGGUGCUGCAGGAGGUCAACAGUAUGCAGGAGAAUCUGGAGGUUGAGAAGACAUGCAGGGAGACGGUUGAGGCCCUGGCAACAAAGCUGAACAGACAGAACCGUUCUCUGAAGAGGAAGAGUAUGAUGUACCUGGCCCACCUGGGUGCUGAUGUCAUCGCUAAGAUCAAUCUGGAUGAUGAAGAUGAUGAUCAGCAGGAGGAGGAGUCUGGAACCUGUAGCUCCACCCGCUGUCACACCAUCGUCUCAGAGCUGAGGGGUAAAUUAGAGUCGGCUCAGGAGGAGAAAAAACGCUUGGCCAUUGAUCUGGAGGCGGCGAAAGAUCAGCUCCGCAAAACCAGAGAGGAACUCCUGAGAGAAAAACAUGAUAAUACUGUUUUGAUUGCUGAAACGCUUCAACAAAAGAAGCUCUUGGGAAAAUAUAACAGAGUGUCUAAGUAUGCAGUAGAGGAGUACGAGGCCCUGCAAGCUGACCUGGAGCUGGAGAAAGAUCUGCGAGCAGAGGCUGAGAAGUUUGCACAAGAGAUGCUGGUGGAGCAGAAGAAGAUGAAGAGACAGAGUAAGGUUCUGCUGCAGACCAUGUCUCCUUCAGAAGCUCUGCAGAACGCUCUCAAAGAAAUCACAUCCCUCACACACAAGCUGGAGACGCAGAGACUCGAGCACCAACAGCAGCUGAAGCGUUUGGAGGAUGAACUGCAUGGCUCUGAUUGGAGGAAACAGCUGUCAGUAUUAGAGAAGAAGGCAGAGCUUCUGGAGGAGGAGAGGAGAGAGAUGCUGGAGAAAUGUAGCAGAGCGGAGACUGAGGCAAAGGACCUGCGCUUUACAGUGGAGGAACUGCAGAAGAAACUCCAGCAGGUAUCUAACCCUGUUCCUGCCCCUCCACCUCCUCCACCUCCCCCACCUCCACCGCCACCUCCUCCACCUUCAGUACCAACCAACCCACUCAGCUCCCUCCUGUCAAUGCUCCGUAAGAAAAAAGACACUAAUAGUGACAUUCCACUGGUGGAAAAAGACAUUCCAGCAAAAGAACCAGAGAAAGACAUUAGGCAGCAGGCCGUGGUGGAGAUGAUGGAACGAAUCAAAAAAGGCAUUCAGCUCCGGCCAGUUGGCCAGACAAGCAACAGAGCCAAACCACCACAGAGAGAGCGAAUACCAUCUGGUUCUGCCAUUCAGGAGCUUAAAGGAAUUUUGAGCUCGGUGAAACGCCCCUCCCCGUGCCCCUCCCCUCCUGCACGGCCCUCGUCCCCUGAACCACAGUCUGAACUCCAGAAAGUGCUACUGAAACGCCGCGGUGCGCUGGAGACGACACAGGACAGCACAUUGUCCUCACAGCCCUUUCCCAGCAGUGUUCUGGACCUGACCCGUGUUAAGCACACUCACACUGGCCCUGGACAGAGCGCUAACCACACGACUACACAACACUGACACCUAGAGACACCUGAAACUGGCCGUUUGGAAUGGAGAGAACGGCCGAGCUUCUGCAGGACAGCGUGCACUGCGUUCAGAUGAUUCACACAAUUAAAUUGUUAUUUACUAAUUUGAAUAUUGUUCUGAAUAUAUUUUGGUUUGGUAAUUCAUAUCUUAUAAAUGAAAAAAGGUUGAUUUUUUGAAAGCAGCUAAUUAAUGUCACUACCAGGGAUUAUAUUCGACAUAUAUUUCAACUAAAAGAACGUUUAUAACACAGGUCCAUCAGUUCAGAAAGCACAUGUGCAGUGACAGAGCUGUAACAUUUCAACUUUAUAAAGACUGUAUUGCUCGUCACACUGUAAAUAAGUACAGACUGUAAAUGUGAAAUACAAAAGGAAUUGCCUGAUUUUGUUAUAUAUUUAUUUCAUUUUUAGUAUGAAAUAAGCUAUUUUGGCAGGUGAGCUAACUUAAUGCAACUGUAAUCAGUUAUACAUUUAAUAAAUACAGUGUUGAAACAGCCCAGCAGAAAUACUGCUGAACUGUUAUAUAAAAAACUGGUUUAUUAUAGCAGCUUUAGAAACGGGACUUAAGUAGAUGGCACUGUGAUUCACUUUAUUAGGUACACUUACCUUAUAUCUACACUUCACUGUCCAUCUUAUCAGCUCCACUGACCAUAUAGGAGCACUUUGUGGUUCUGCAGUUACAGACUGUAGUCCAUCUGUUUCUCUGCAUAUUUCGUUAGCCUGUUCUUCAAUGGUCAGGACCCACACACAGCAGGUAUUAUCUGGGUGGUGGACCAUUCACAGCCAAAAAUACCCUGCCAGCAUCAUUUUGUGGCCAGACUUGACCACUGAUGGACUAGAGUAGAGGUUCACAAACCUUUUUAGUCCAAAACCCCCUUUGUGGAGAGUAAAUGCUAAGGGCCACUGUUUGAGAACUGCUGGACUAGAGGAUGACCAACACAAACUGUGCAGCAGCAGAUGAGCUAUCAGUUCUGAGUGGACAGUAACUGCUGUGUCUGAUCCACUCGCACCAAGACAUCAGUGUCUCUGCAAUGACCCUAAUGAUAUCUGCUCAGCGGUGGUCCUGCAAGGCUCCUGACCACUGUAGAACAGAGUCAAGAUGAUCUGUAAUUCUAGUCCAUCUUGGAUGUCCACAAAGUGUAAAUAGUAAGUGGAGCUGAUAAAACAGACGAUUGUAGAUACAAGGCAGGUGGACCCAAUAAAGUGACCAGUGAGAGUAGAUCAUACAUAGAUGCCUAUGAAGUGAUAUUAUAUGAUGUAUGAUAUAGAUGGUGUUGCACUGAGCUUUUAUGUUGAUGUUGAGGGGACAGUAGCUGGUCAUGCAGGCAGUUCGUCUGUGGUUGGGUUUGACUCCGCCUCCUCUGCUUCCCACGGCAACUUCAUCUCCCGCACCCCUCCUGAAAAAAAGGCAGAAAACGCCUCUUCAUUUGUCCCUCCCUUCAUUCAUGCUUUCAUCUCUUCAUCCCUCCCUUUAUUGUGCCAAAAGACUGGAGUAUAAUGAGCGACGGGGAAGGAUAAUAAAGGCCUUGAUGGAUGAGA